GAAAUAUUUUGGAUACGUUUUCGCUUACGAGCGAAUUCUGAACUUGUCCGUACAUGUCCAACCCGCCGGACAUGCAUAUUCAUCAAGGACCAAUGACAGUCUUUGUGUUUCUGCUAUUAAACCAGAGCCCCCCCCCCCCCCAAAAAAAAAGAAGUAGAUUGACUAAAAUUACACGAAUCUAAUCAAGCACCUGAUUCCGCUGCUGGGGACGUUUUGCGGCAGUUCAAAUAGAUGGAGGGAAGAGGCCUUGAGAAUCAUUUCAAUCCGUCCGAGAUUAAAUGUUUAGAGAUCAUCCCAACGUUGCCAAUGUGGAUCAUUGAAUAUGCCUGGGCUCACAGAAUGAUGGACACAUUGGAUGGUUUGGACCCCAGCAGAUGGCCAGAGGAUGACCUACAAUCUGUCACCCUAGAUGAGCCAUGGAGGUUACGGGUGGCAGCAGCCCAGGCGUAUUCUAUAAUGAAGACAAGAGACAUCAAGAGCUUUGAGAGGGUGAUGCAGUUCAUGGAUGUCACGUAUACACUGCUGCCACGACUGGUGCCCCCUAUCAAACACAUGAAAAUCAUGUUUGGCCUCAAGACCAAGAUAAUUAUGUGGAUGCUUCGGGAAGACCAAGGUAUUGUCAACACUGUUUUGAAGAUCAUUAAGUUUUUUCCAAGUAGACUACCUCAGUACCAUGAAUGUAGCCGACAAGAGAUGCACCUAAUGAGGAAGAACCACCAGGACUUUAAGGCUUUGGCCCAGACUCUUGCAAUGGACAUGUCCAUGCGUAACUCUUAUAUCAAGGAUUUGAUGGAGGACCAAUAUGGAGAAUGCUAUGCCCAGAAACUGGAGGACAGGUUGCUGCAUUACCUUCAGGUACUGGAGUCGACGCUGCAGAGUGAUACCUAUUUUGACCAGCUGUUGAAGCAGGAGGGUCCAAUGGCAUACGAAGAGGAGUUACUAUUGCCGUUAAUUACCUGUGACUCCACCUCCCUUGCUGCGUCCUUGAAGAGGCUAUUCCACUCUGGUCAACAAACUCAGCAUAUUAGCUAGGACAUACAGAUGUAAACACAGUACAGUAUGUAAGACCACCAGGAACCUACAGUACUGUAGAUAAAUAUGUUGUCUUUCUAUUCCUUCAGACGAGUCUUCUUCAAGAUGCCAUCCCAGCCACGGAGCCCAUAAGGUAUCAGCACAGGAGAGGGGAAUAGGCCGGGAGCUGGAGGGUCCUGGGACCUCAAAAGUUGUGCUAAGGUCG